UCGGAUGGAAUUCAACAUCGUACACCCAUACAGGAAGUAUGCACUGGCGUUUCAACGUGGAUAGCGCUUCCUGCAGGACUGCGCGUGCGUAGUCUGACAGAGAACAGGGAAGAUGGUGACCACCAGGCGCAAUGUGCGUACCGAUGAAUCUGAAAAAGAAGAUGAGUCUGGUAACGAAUCCGAGGAUAGUACAGUAACUGAGGCUUCUGCUUCUCAAGUUAAAACGAGAAGUAGAAUGAAGAAAGAUAGCCAAUCAGAUGAUUCUAAAGAUAAUAGAUAUAAAGAUGCAGCCUCCACGACAGAUCACCCAGAACUCUCAGAUCAUCAAAAGCUUGGUAUAUCAACCAUCACAAGAAGUAGACGAAGAAGUGGUCAGUCAGAUGCUGAUAUUUCUGAAGCAGAAUCUAACUGCUCCAGUCACUCCACAAGGAUGACUCGAAGCAGACAAGCCCUCCCAUACCUUACAGAGUCUGCAAGAAAAUUAAGAAACAGAACUGUUUUGAUGGCAGAACCAAUCAUGGAAUCCAAAGAAGAUACUGAGUUAUCUGAAACAGAAUCAAAUUGUUCUUCAGUUUAUAUAAGAUCCAGAAGAUCAACUGUGACAAGAUCAAGUAGAAAGUCUCUUAUGGCAACUGAGCCUGCUUCUGAUAAUAAGGAAUAUGUUGAAGUCUCUGAAGCAGAAUCAAAUUGCUCCUCUGUUUCAGGGGUUCAGAAUAUAAGGGGUAGUAGGUCUACAAGGAGUAGUGUCAGAAAAACAGUAUGUACUAUUUCUUCGCUUCCACCCCCAGUUAGUGAGUCCCAAAAGGAAGAAGUAUCAGAUGCUGAAAGUUGCUCAUCUGGCAUUUCUUCAAACCCUAUUGCCAGACGUUUUAGUAGUAGACUAAGGCAUAAAUCUGAGCAUGAAGAGAGCGAAGAUGGGGAUAAAACGAACAGGGACAGUAGUCAAAAAUUUGAUUCACCAAGAAAACAGAGAACACAUUUACGUGGUGUAACAGUCUCAGAACCUUUGCUCUCAGAUAACUGUGGUACAGAACAAAAAUUGUUAUCUUCACCUUGUAGGAAUCUAAGGACUAGACCGAUAAUUGUAAGUGAUGAUGCAACAGUGGUUCCUGCAGACAAAAAACAGAACUUGGAGCACAAUAAUGAAAAAUUAAUAAACGAUUCAAAUGUAGAGGAGGUAUCAGAUGGUCAAGGACUAACUCUUCAAAGGGAAGAAGACAAUUUGUCUGAUAAAGGAUGUAUUGUGGAAUCACCAGCAAAAUUAGAACUUCAGCAUAUAGAAACCAGCAAUAUUCCUAAACAAAUAGAUAACAGUGAAAUAGAAAUAAAAAAAUUGAGUUCAUUAGGACAGUUGAAAGAUACUGUCCUACAAAUGAAAGAGUUAAUAGAUGUGGAGUCACAGCCAAUAGAGGCCAUGGAGGUUGAUAUACAGUCACUGAAAAGUAUUAAAAACACAGAAGCAACUUGUAUAUUAAUUGAUGAUAGCGACAGUGCUGUAGAAAGCGCAAAUGAUCUUUCCAAGGAUAAAUCUGGCCUUAUAAGCAAACCAGAACAUCAGAUAAUAAGCUUAUUAGAUAGUGAUGAUAGUGAAGAAUCUGAGGAUGUUGAUCAGGAGGAGGAGGAUGAUGAUCAGGAGGAGGAUGAUGAUGAUGUAAUAGAAGUUACACAAAAUGAAAACAAGGAAGUCUUUGAACAUUCUGAAGUAAACAAACAAAAGCCUUCAAAUGAGCAGCCAGAAGAUUCACAUAGAGAUCUGUUUGUUAUUGACACUGUACCGGGAUUGGACUCCAGCAAAAAAUAUUAUACUGAUGACAAAGUCAAUGUUGAAUCGGAAGAUGAAGAAAAUGAAGUGGAUGAACCACUGCAACCUGACGAUGAAGAGGAAGAUUUUAUAGAUGAAGAUGAGGACUUGUUGAACAAACCCAAACCUGGCUUUGUUCUGUCAACCAGCAUCAACACAGGACUUAACAUUAAGAACUUAGGUGGGCUGUAUAUCAACUUUGAUGCCGAAAAACCAAAUCCAGGACUAAAUUUGUUGAAGAAAAUUAGAGAAGAAAACAAAAAGAAGGAUGAGCACCUUCAAAAAAGCAUCAUAACCCCUGAUUUUGAAAAGAAGGAAAGUGUCCCACCAUACAACGAAUCUAUCAACAAACUGAAAAAACAGCGCAGAGAAGAAAAGGCAAAAACAACCGGACAGGGCUGGUUUGAUAUGAAAGCCCCAGAAAUGACAGAUGAGCUGAAGAAUGACCUUAAGGCAUUAAAAAUGAGGUCUGCUGUAGAUCCAAAGCGCUUCUACAAAAAGAACGACAGAGAUGGCUUCCCUAAAUAUUUCCAGGUUGGUACAGUAGUGGACGACCCAGUAGAUUAUUAUCAUGCACGCAUUCCUAAAAAGCAAAGGAAGAGGACGAUUGUGGAAGAACUCCUUGCAGACUCAGAAUUCAGAAGGUACAACAAAAAGAAGUACCAGGAGAUAAUAGCAGAAAAGGCUGCAAUUGCAGAAGGCAAAAAGAACCGUAAAAAGAAGAAAUUCCGGAAAUAAAUCAUGGUUUGCUUUUUUGCUGUGUAGUUUUCUUUAUGCACUGCACUGGUUGGCGAAGAACCCAGUGUUGUUGACACUGCUUUUUACAAGAUAACAGUGAGAAGAUGAGAUUUAUGCUUCCAAGAUAAAGUGUGAAACAAUAUCAAGACUAAUCUCCAUAAAGAGUUUUACAAGUUUGCAUUUGCCAAUUUUUUUUUUAUUUUAAUUAAAAAAAACCUCUUGUAUAAAAACUGAAAGAACUUUAACAGCAAAUUAUUCAUAAUUUAAUUGGUCAUUCUGAGAAUUAUGCUGGUAAUUGAAAGCCAAUUUCAAACCGAUUUAAAUAAUGUAAGUAUAAAAUAAAUAUGUAUUGAACUUCUUAUAUUGAUUCAAAUUAUAUGGAAAUAAAUCUACCAUUUCUGCCGUCAAA